GGAAGAAUGAUGAGCUGCUGUGUGGCUCUCCUCCUGACCUUCAGCUCUGUGUCAGCUGUAAGACGAAAGCUCAACUCAAUCACUGAUCUGAGAUUUCUUAGAACAAACAAAUGGAGUCAGUGGACCAGCUGGUGCGGACAAACCCAGUUUAUUCAACCAUGCUGACAUGAUUCAAAGAAGGCAGAAAUACUGGUUGAACUGGCUGACCCCUGGCAGUGUUCCUCACAGCUGUCCAAGAACUUUCAAAACACAGAGACGUGCCGAUCAAAGAAGUGUAGGUUCAUUUUGGGCAUUACAGAUGAAGAUGUUUGGAAGAAUGAUGAGCUGCUGUGUGGCUCUCCUCCUGACCUUCAGCUCUGUGUCAGCUGUAAGACGAGCGCUUGACUCAAUCACUGAUCUGAGGUCAGUAGGCUUUGGCCAGUCUGUGCCUGAGCACAGCCUCUGCUUGCUCCACUGGUUUGCCAAUGAAAUUGACAUAAAUGGUGACAUAAGUCUGACCUUCGACCCAAAUAGUUUUGAUUAUGGCUCACAUCAUUAUCGCAACAAUGAACAGCUGUUAGACCCUGUGCCGUGGGGAUAUCAGUACUACAGUCUUGGGAAUAUCCAUCGACAAGGAUCGUUGCGGCUUCCACAUCAUGUCAUCCAAUCAGAGCACGAGUAUGGCAACAGGGCUCGGAUCAUAAUCAGAGUCAGGGAGCAGAAUGUGGGAUGGCAAACUUCACGGAUAAUAGACCGAGUCUAUAUCACACAGCAUUAUGGUACAUCUGAACAUCGAGGGAGUGCGUAUGAUCCACAACAUACAUAUCAGGUCACCACUAACCUGUUAACAGAGUUGAGAAGUUUUCCCUUGGACCGUAAUAACAUCAACUUACAGUCUCUCAGAGUAUUCCAAGAGAACUAUUCCUCUCAGGAAUACAAUAACAGACAGUCAGCAAUAAGAAGCAAUGCACAAAAUGAUGUUGUGAUCAAUUUCCCAGAGAGAAGUCAAAAUGAUGCUUUUGUCUUCCCAAAAAGGUACAACUCUAAUUUGAAUGUCACAUCUCAGGAUGACAACACUUGUGUUUAUUCUUCCGUUUGUGCUGUCGUGAUUGCUGCUUUACUCAUUUUUGGUUUUCUAUAUCUGUCAUACUCAUCUAAAUAGUAAUUUAACUAAACUCAACAUCAACACACAGAUUAAAGAGCACAUCUGUUUUGAUGUAUUGCCACUUACUGCAAAACCCUUGAGCAAACUGUGUUACAUCGUUCAUCUUCUUCUUCAUGUCUUGUAAUUUCCCUCACUUAGUCCUGAAGUCUUUUUCCUGGUAUUUUCCCUGCAUCACUGAAAACUUCAGUUAUCAAGCCCCUCGUGAAAAAGAGUGAAAUUGACAUAUAUUUACAUUAUGACAUAAUAUAAUAAUUAUUGGCUUUAUUAUUGGUUUCAAAUCUUCUGUUUAUUCAUACGAUUGUUUAAAAAGUAGAUUAUAAACCAAAUUAGUGACUACCUGAUUAUUAAUAGCUACCAUGGAAUCUCCCAAUCAGGCUUUCAUCAAUGUCACAGCACAGAAACUGCUCUCAUUAACUGGAGAUAAAUUAUCUGAAUUUCAGGAGCAGGACCAUGCCUCCAAACACGGCCUUUACGGGUCUUACCUAUAUGUGACCCCCCCUAGUUCUACAAGCUGUUCGUUCUCAUUUUUGUGCCCAACCCUCCCUCCCCUUUUUUCAAUUCUUUCACUUCUACACUUCUCCUUAGUACAUGGGGAUCUGCCAGGCCUGGGAGCCGCCGCCAGUCCCCAUCGAGGCCUUCCUUAAACCGCAGCUCAAUUCUUGAUUAGGCCAUUCUGAUGCCUGAUGUGAAAAUAAAGAGGGUGAUGUGACAUUUAGUUUCUCUCCUGCCCACUGCUUGAACAAACUGCCUCAGACCUUCUCAAACUUUAUACAUUUCCAUUUUAAUAAUAAUGUUAUUUUAUUAAAAUCACAUCAUCUUAAAUUUUAUGACAUUUAUGGGUAUAUUCAACAUAUAAUGAAUUUUCUGUGGGAUAAAAAGAAAAACAAAUUAUAAAAACACUUACACGUAGGACUACUGGGAUAUUAUUUUGACUCCAUGUCCUGAGAAUCAGGCAGCUACAACACUUUUGUGCAGCCAGAUGAAUAACAGUAGUUGUUACAGUGUACGCUUUGUUUCCAUGUGUUUAAUUUUACUUUGUGCUAUUUGGAUUUUUUGGUAAAUGUUGCAAAAUCUACUUGUCAAAGUCAAAAUUAUUUUCACAUCAAUAGAUGACAAACUUCAAACAGUGCACCAUGAAGGGCUCAGAGUCUUCAGGGUUUCACUCCUGCACAGGUGUUAAAUUUAUUUUUAGGAUGCAAGACUAAAGUAAAAACUGUCAGCGAUCAACACAUCAUCACCAGGAGCUGAAGAAGUCGUCAGCAUAUUACACUGAAAUGGUGUUUGCUUGCUAGUUUGGACUGAAAACCCCAAAAAACUCAGAUGGCUGGACCAAAUUUUCCUAUUAAAAUUGAAAUUAUAAAAACAUCAAAGGAGACCAAACAACAAGGAAAGUUUGAUGUUUACUUUGAAUAACAAGUUUAUAAGUUCAAUAAAUUUACGACAGUUUUAUAGAGCUGUUUACAAGACAACAGUUUGUGAAUCACAGCAGUAACACGUCUCUAUUGCCUAGCAUUUUGAUUACAUAAAAUGGUGCUGUUUAUAAUGUAGUGGCUCAUUUUUGUCCAAUGAGGAGAAUGCACAAUUACUCUGAUGGAUAAAGGACACAUAUGUUGAUAUUCAUUCUGUAAUCUUAA